AUGGCAGUUGCGCAAUUGUACCACUAUGUUGCACCUCGUAGUGAAAUUCAUGUGAUUGCUAAUGCACUUAUUCGUCUACUUCGUCAUCAUCGUGAAAUUCAAACGAUUGUGCUCAAAUGCAUUGCGUCGAUGGCGGAGAAAAAUAAAGAUAUUUUUGGACCAUUUCUAAAGGCAUUCUAUGUACGUUCGAGUGAUAGCAGUCAUGUGAAACGGUAUAAACUUGAAAUUUUAACAACAUUGGCCUGUGCUACAAAUAUCUCAACAGUUUUACGGGAACUUCAAACUUACGUUUUGAGUCCAGACAAAGAAUUCGCCGCGCAGACUAUUCAUGCUAUUGGAAGAUGUGCUAGUACGAUUCCUGAAGUAACUGAAGCUUGUCUAAACGGUCUUGUCGGGUACAUGUCGAAGAAAGAUGAAACGAUUGUUGCUGAAAGUGUGGUCGUUGUGAAAAAACUGUUGCAAAUUAAUCCGGUCCAGUACGGCGAUAUUAUCAAACAUAUCGUUCGAAAAGUUGAUAAAAUUACGGUUCCGCAAGCACGUGCAUCAAUACUCUGGCUCAUUGGUGAAUAUUCCGAACGAAUUAGUAAAUUAGCACCAGACGUUUUGAGGAAAAUGGCGAAAACUUUUCCGGAUGAAGAAGCAAUCGUCAAGCAUCAGAUUUUGAAUUUAGCUGCUAAACUCUAUGUCAUGAAUGCGAAACAAACACAUCUUCUCGUGCAAUACGUAUUCAAUUUAGCUAAGUAUGACACAAAUUAUGAUACACGUGAUAAAGCACGACUUCUUCGUGCUUUACUAUUCCAAGCCGACAAAUGUCCAGCAUUGAGUAAACACGCGAAAAAGAUUUUACUUGCAUCUAAACCGGCGCCACUGCUCGAAUCAAUUGUUCGAAAUCAUGAUCAAUAUACAUUAGGCACAUUAUCGUAUGUAAUCGGCCAGACAGUACCCGGUUAUACAGAUUUACCGGAUUAUCCACUUGAGCCGUCAGACUCAAGUAUUCGUAAUGUUGAAGUCAUACGUCCGUCGCCGUCACAAGAUGAAUCGCCGAGAAAACCGAGCUCAAGUGGAAAGAAAAAGAGUACAACAGAUGAAAAAUUUUAUUCGGACGAAGAAGAGAACGAUGAAAACGAAGGUACCUCAACGGAAGGGCCUGAUGAUGAGGACGAAGAAGAUGAAGAGGGUGAUGACGAUGAAGAGAGUGAAAAUGAGGAAGAGGAAAAAAGCGACGAAGAUGAAGACGAAGAUGGUGAAAAACCAGCAAAAACUAUCAAUCAAACAGACGAAUACGAACAAUUGGAUGCACGAUCACCGACUGUUGUUGACAAUCAUGAAAGUAGUGAAGAGAACGAUACAGAAUCGGAGGAUGAAGAAGAAACUAGUGCAUCCGAAGACACAACGGAUGGUGAGGGUGAAGAAAAAAUUAUCGAAAAACAUACGUUGUCUUUUAACAAAUCACCAUCUAAUAUCGCCAUUAGUGGUUUUUCUAUGGCUACAACAACAGAAAAAUCAAUUGCUGAAGAUGAUUUGGAAGCAUUUCUUGGUAUAACAACAACAUCAGCUAGUAAUCAACAAUCAACAACCAAGGCAAGCGUUCGAGAUGAUCUACAAAAUUUAGAAUCUUUAUCGACACCAUCAACAUUGACUUACAUUCGACAGUAUGAAUGUUUAAAUCGCAUGACCGGUCAAGGUUUGCAAAUACAAUAUCGUUUCCCACGUACACCAUUUCAACGGGCAACCAAUAUGGUUCAUAUCGAAUUGACUUUCACCAAUACAAUACCAAACAACGAUAUUCGAUCGAUUAAAUUCAUUAAAUCCAAAUCGGGUGUGAAUAUCCAAGGAUUCAGUGAUAUUGAUCAAUUACCAGGCGGUGCAUCGAUAAUUACAUCUAUUGGUAUUGAUUUUAAUGAUACCACUCAAGCUGCAUCGUUUGAUAUUUCAAUCGGUGGCAGACAAUUAGCAACAUCGAUCUCAAUACCAUGUCAUGUCGGCGAACUUUUCCAACCAAAAUUUAUCAAUGAAAAAGACUUCAAUAAAAGUCUAAGUAGUCUUCGUGGUAUGCAUGAAAUCACAGGAACUCUCAAUGUUAACGAAACACAAAUAUCGAAAUUUAACUUUACAACUAUUCAAACUAAAGUAGUCCAAUGUGCCAAUGUUUCAUCAGUUCCAUCGAGUUCCGGAGAUUCAACAGUAUACAGAUUUUCUGGUCAAACGGUAUCAAGUAAAGCAUUAGUUCUUAUUGCAAUUCAAUUGAACAUGUCUCGAUCGACAAUAAAUUUAACGUUGAAUUCCGACCGCAUUAUCCUUGCAACAAUGCUACUCAAAGAAAUUCAACAAGCUAUUUCUACCAUAUCAUAA